UGAAAACGUGUACCGCUCGUAAAUUGUGUUGUAUUUGUAGGUUGCUAAAUAAGAGUAUUUUACAUGAAAUUACAAUAGCAAAAGUUUAAUUAUGAAUGAUUUUGCAAAAUCUCAGCUUAUGAAGUAUGGUUGGACAGAAGGCAAAGGUUUAGGCAAACAUGAAAGCGGUAUUACAGAAGCAUUAAAACCAAAAUUGAAAUUUGAUACAACAGGAGUGGGACAUAAAGAUAAAGAUUGGAAUAAUUGGUGGGAAAGUACUUUUAAUAAUGCAGCUAGUAGUAUUACAGUUAAAUCAGAAACUCAUGGGGUUUCUAUAUUUGUUUCAAAAGAAAAUGCAACUGAUGAUUAUCUUAAUGAUUAUCAAGAUUUAAGUACAGAAAAAUCCAAAUAUGGAAAUUUUUUUAAGGCUUCUACAUUAUUAAAUGGCAAUUUAGUGGUAGAAAAUAAUUCUAAUAUAUGUGAGAAACAAAAUAUUGAAGAAAAUUCCAGUCGUAUCCCUUUCACAGAUGAAGAGAUAUUUAAAAUAUGUGGUGGUAGAACUGCUCACAAAGGGGCUAGACAUGGAUUAACAUUAAAUGGAAAAUUAAAAAGAAUUGCCCAACAAGAAAAGCAAUUAUUAAAUUUAAACUCAUACAGAAGCAUGUCAACAAAUUUGCAAAACAAUAAUAACAUAUCUGAAAGCAAUAAAUACAAAAAGAUUAACGAUGAAAACAUAAUACUACCUGAAACUUCUUGUGAAAGUGCAAUAGUUCCUAUAAUACACAAAACCAGUAAAAAAAAAAACAAAGUAUUCAUAAAUGACUUGAGUCAUCAGUUAAAUGUUCUAUGUAAUGUAAGUGAUAAUGAUAAAAAAAGAGUACAUACUAUGUCAAAAGAAGAAUUAAAAUUAGAAAAGAAAGAAGAAAGUAGAAAGAGGAAAAGAAAGAAGGAGAAAAAAUAUUUAAUGUCGUUUAAUGUUGAAAGUAUUGAAAAGGAAAAAGUAGAUGAUGAACUAAAUGGUACAUCAUUCCCAAUUAGUCAAAAAUCAUGGACAGAAAUAAUUAAAAAGAAUAUUCAAGAACAAGUAAAUAAUCAUGUUGAAAACAAAUAUAUGGAUAUAUCUAUAUCUACAAAAAAGAAGAAGAAAAAGAAGAAUAAAAAGAAGAAAUUAAAAAAGGAGAAAAAUCAGGAUAUUCGAUAUAAGAAUAUCACUAGUGUAUGGGAAGACGAUGAACUGAGUGGAUCACACGCAAAGAAACUUAAAAGAUCACAUAAACGUGAUUCAGAUGUACAGACAUCUGAUUUACUAAAUUUGAUUAAAGAUGAAGAUAUUAAAACAUUAGAGUGUAAAUUUCAAACAAAACUUUCUUGUAAUGAAAUACCAAUAGAUUCGCAUAAAGUGAAAAGUUCAUCAGUGCGGACAGCCAAGUCUCUAUUAGAGUUACCUGACGCAUAUUUUAAAAAGAAGAUAGAUUACUUAAAUAGUAGAAUAUCAAAAAAGAAACAUGCAAAAUUACGUAAGAAAGAAAAAAGUAAAUUAACCAAAAUAACAGAAAGUUUAAAAGCUGUUCAUUUCAAUACUGAAGAAUCCAUAGAAGAAAAAAAUACUAGAAAAAAUAUAAAAUCUUUCAUCUAA